AUGUGUCUAGAUCUUAAGAAACUUAUCAAAUUUGUCGGUCCGGGGCUACUUGUCUCUUGUGCUUACAUCGAUCCCGGAAACUAUUCGACUUCGACAGCCGCAGGUGCACAAUUCCACUAUGCCCACUUGUUCAUCAUCUUGUUGUCAAACGUUUUUGCUGUGAUUCUACAGUGUCUGUGCAUCAAAUUAGGGACUGUUACAGGACUUGACUUGGCGGAGAAUUGUAGGAAGCAUCUACCGCAUUGGUUAAACAUCACCAACUAUGUUUUGGCUGAGAUAGCAGUCGUGUUUACAGACUUGGCUGAGGUGGUGGGGAGUGCUAUAGCAUUCAAAAUCCUUUUCGACAUCCCGUUACAAAUUGGAGUCGUGUUAACCAUCCUGGACGUUCUUGUCAUCAUAUUUGCAUACAACCCAGACGGAUCGAUGAGACAUAUCAGGAAGUUUGAGAUAUUUGUAUCGACGUUAGUUAUCAUGACAUUCGGGUGCUUUGUCUUACUACUUUCCAAAGUAGACAUCAAUUCAAAGAGGGAAAUAUGGGAAGGGUUCUUGCCUUCAAAGAUUUUGUUUAAAGAGAAGAAUGCCAUAUAUCUUGGUCUUGGUAUUAUUGGUGCUACUGUUAUGCCCCAUUCAUUAUACUUGGGAUCCAACUUGGUCAAACCCAGAUUGAGAGAAUUCGAUAUGAAAUACGGCUCAUACAAUAGUGAAAUUGACGACAGGACCAAUACUGUACAUAAGCCCUCAUUGAAUGCCAUUAACUAUUGUUUGAACUACUCAUACAUUGAAUUAAUUUUGUCACUUUGUACUGUGGCUAUUUUCAUCAAUUCCUCCAUUUUGAUUGUGUCAGCAGCUGCUUUGUUUGGGAACCCAGGAGCAGAUGAUGCUGAUUUGCUUUCCAUAUACGACCUUCUCUGUCAUUACCUUUCCAAUCAGGCAGGACUUAUCUUUGCUUUUGCCAUGUUCUUCUCUGCUAUUGCAGCAGGUGUGAUUUGCACUAUGUCUGGUAUGAUUAUAGCUGAAGGAAGUGUUAAGUGGACUUUGAAUCCAUUUCUCAGAAGACUUGUCACAAGAACUAUCAGCAUAAUUCCUUGUCUCUUUAUGGCUCUUUUUUCAGGAAGGUCAGGAAUUGCCAAUAUCCUAAAUCUUUCACAAGUUGUUUUGUCGUUAAUUUUACCCUUUGUGACUGCACCAUUGUUGUACUUCACAGCAAGCAAAAAAAUAAUGUCAGUCAAGGUUACAAAUAGUCAGGAGAAUGAGCAUACCCAAGAGAGUGAAAACUCUGCGCUUAUAUCCCACUCUGGGAGCUUGGGAAUAGUUGAUUUCUCAAAUUCUUUAUCAACAAACAUCUUAGGAUUUGUCGCUUGGUUUACAAUUGGGUUUUUAAAUGUUUAUUUAAUUAUCCAGUGGCUACGAGGCGAAGAUAUCCACUUUUAA